AUGCCAUUACCAGGAAGUAAAUCUAGAGAAGCUUCUAUCAUAGCGGAUUUCAAGUCGAUCAGUGGUGCUUCUGAAAAAGAUGCAAGCAGAUUCGUGAAGAAAUACAAAACUCUUGAAGCUUCUCUCGAUGCAUACUUCAAUGAUCCAUCUUCGAUAAAUGGAGGUACGUCGACUCCUAGUAAAGGUCAGGAAAAGAAAUUAGGUGAGAUUUGGGAGAAAUAUAAAGAUCCAUCCGAUUCGAAGUUGGUUAAGAUCGAUGGUACAUUGGCUAUUUGUGAAGAGAUCGGAGUGGAUCCUUCAAGCGAUUCCGUACUUUUCUGCUUGGCAGCAGAUUUAGGAUCGAAAGUUACUGGUGAAUGGGAGAAGGAACCUUUCGUCAAGGGAAUAGCAUCAUAUCCUGGCAAUAUCGAUUCCCUGUCAUCACUUAGAGGGUAUCUGCCCAAUCUUCGGAAAAAAUUGAAUUCCGAUCCAGAAUACUUCAAGAAAGUUUAUAUGCACACCUUCACUUUGGCAAAAGGACAAGAUUUCGGUGCCAGGACUUUACAACUUGAUACUGCUCUCGAUCUGUGGUCUCUCUUCAUACCUCCGGCACUGUCCUCAUCACCUUCGGCCCUGUCUCGAACAAGCGACAAUACACCUCCCCAAUUCACUGAAACCGAAUUUGCAUUAUGGCUCGAAUUCAUGAAGAAAAAGGGUAAAGCAGUCAGCAAAGAUACUUGGAGUUUAUUGGUUGAUUUUAUUCGAAGCAUUGAUAAGGAGUUCAAAGAAUAUGAUGACGAAGGAGCUUGGCCGUCUACGAUAGACGACUAUGUAGAUUACGUACGUACUAAUCGAUCCUCUAAUUAA